AUGUUUUCUCAUACAUUGCUGAGCAAUCAUUUCCAAAUAUUUUCAUUAUUACGCAGUUCUUUUAAAAAUAUAAAUUUUAAUCAAAUUUCUUGUGCUAGCACAAAUACUGAAAAAAUGGCGACCAACACAAUUUAUAAUUUUGUGGCUAAAGAUAUUGACGAAAAAGAUGUUAAAAUGGGAGAUGUUUACAAGGGACGAGUUGUCUUAAUUGUUAAUGUGGCUUCCGAAUGUGGAUUUACCAAGACCAAUUAUCCACAGAUGAAGGUUCUGCUUGAAAAGUAUAAGGAUAAGGGACUUUCUAUUGCUUGUUUUCCAUGCAAUCAGUUUAAUAGCCAAGAGCCGGGAACUAAUCAAGAAAUAAAGAAAUUUAUUAAUGAGAAGUUCAAUUUCUUUCCUGAUUUGUAUGCAAAGAUUGAUGUGAAUGGGAAAAAUGCUCAUCCACUUUGGGAGUUUUUGAAGCAUGAGCAGCAUGGUACUCUGAUUGACGCAAUUAAGUGGAAUUUCACUAAAUUUUUGGUAAACAAGCAAGGAAUUCCAGUUAGUCGACAUGCACCGACUGAUGAACCGGAAAAGUUGGAGCCGGAGAUUAAGAAACUUUUGGAAGAAUAA